UUCUCUAUCUCAAGUCCUUUGAAGAAAUCAAAAUCAAGGAGCAGCAGCAUGGGAAGUGAAGCUGAUCACUAUCCAAGAAAGCAAUUUUUUCACAACAACAAUCUCUACUUCAUGCUUAAAAUGCUUUUCCUUCUCAUAUUUACCAACCUUGUCUCCAUCUUUAUCUUUUCUAGCCUUCCUUUCAGCUUAUCAUCAUCUAACACCCCCCAUACCCAUCUCUUUCUUCACCAGGAAACCAUUUCUCAUCUCUUGCAGGAGCUCAACUCUACAAAGUCCAAACUCUUUGACAGCUACUCUCUUAUUGCUGACUUGCACCACAAGAUCAAUUCCACCAACUUUCUUGUGCGAGAUCUCGUUAUUGAGAUCACCCGUGAACGCAAGCCUUCAUUACCAGUCGACGAAGAAACUAAUGUUUUCGGCAUUCCUCCUCCUACUGCUUCCUUGUCUGAUGAACUCAAGCUUGCCAUUCUCCCUCACAAGCUCCCAUUAGGAUACUCCCCAAGGAUGGCAUCUGAUGAGAUCUAUCCGCCUGUUGGAGCAGCCUGCUUGAGGUUUCAAAAGGAGCUGGCUCAGUACAUGACAUAUGAUAUUGGUGGCGAAUGUCCUAUGGAUGACGUUUUUGCUCAAAAGCUUUUGCUCAAGGGGUGUGAACCACUCCCUCGCCGUAGAUGCCACCCCAAAUCCCCCAUCGGUUAUGUUGAGCCAACACCAUUUCCUGAUAGCCUUUGGGCAACCCCACCAGAUACCAGCAUCAUUUGGGAUACCUACACUUGCAAAAGUUACCAAUGCCUCAUUGACCGUAAAAACUUUCCAGGGACCGUCGACUGCAAGGACUGCUUUGACUUGCAAGGCCGAGAAAAACGAAGAUGGCUUUACGAUCGAGGAUUAGAUUAUGGACUCGAUCAAGUUCUUCAAACGAAACCAGCGGGGAGUAUUCGAAUCGGACUUGACAUUGGAGGUGGGAGUGGCACUUUCGCAGCAAGGAUGAGAGAGCGGAACAUCACCAUCAUCACUAGUUCAAUGAACCUGGAUGGACCAUUCAAUAGUUUCAUUGCAUCCAGGGGCUUGAUCCCAAUACAUGUUAGCAUUUCGCAGAGGCUUCCAUUCUUUGAGAACACAUUGGAUAUAGUGCAUUCGAUGCAUAUUUUAAGCAAUUGGAUCCCAGAUGCAAUGUUGGAGUUCGCCUUGUAUGACAUAUACAGAGUGUUGAGACCAGGGGGGCUAUUCUGGCUUGACCAUUUUUUCUGUCAGGGAUCGCAGCUCAAUCAAACCUAUGCUCCAAUGUUUGAUCGAAUUGGGUUUACGAAACUAAGGUGGAAUGUUGGGAAAAAGGUAGAUCGUGGAGUUGACAAGAAUGAGUGGUAUUUGUCAGCGUUGUUGGAAAAACCAAUGACCUAACUCGAUUUCUUUUUCGUUUUACUCGAGGAUAUUGUUGUAAAAUGUGCAGGAUUUCACCUGAAAAACAAUUGUAUUUGCUGGAAGCAAUAAAUCAAAGACAUCCAGACGCAGCAAGGUUAAACAUAUCCAUAUUUGUCACUCAGACGAAUGAAUAAAAAUAAAUGCAAUUUAUAAUCUUA